UUUUUCUCCUUUCUUUUCUUACUCCGCCCGAAAUUAUAAUGGGAGGGAGGGUACUAGAAGUCAAAUCUUUGAGGCCAGAAAACGAACUAGGAAGCGUCUUUGGACAGGAAAGCUGAAAUAGAGGACUUAUCGCGACCUUUUUCUCUUUUUUUCCUCUUUUUUUUUUAACUCUCUGCAAGGGGGAUCCGUAGAUUUUUGCCGCUCAGUUUUGCUGUCUCUGUGGAAGAAGGUUGACUAGGCUGGGGUUUGUUGACUCUUCUCCCCCACUGCUUAGUUGACUUGCCAACCAAAUGUGCGUAAAGGGGCUCUAUAUUAUCGCCGUCCUGAUUGGACUCGCUGCUUCAGGUGUUUUGCAGGUGAGCGGAAUGCGUGUUUACACAUCUGGGGAUGUUGAGGCGGUCAAUGGAACAGACGUUCGUCUCAAAUGCACAUUUGACAGUUCAGCUAAGAUCAACCCUGAUCUUGUCAUCAUCUCCUGGACUUUCAAACCCCUUUCAGGAGGCCGAGUAAUUAGGAUUUUUCAUUACCAGCAAAAACCAUAUCCGCCUCUCGAUGACAUCUUUAAGAAGCGCAUCUCUUGGGCUGGUGAUAUCAUGGGGGGUGAUGCCUCCAUUAUAAUUCGGGAGGUCAAGUUCAUCUAUAAUGGCACCUACACCUGCCAGGUGACAAAUCCUCCUGAUGUUCAUGGCCCAGUUGGGGAGAUUCGUCUUCGUGUUGUCAAAACAGCUUCUUUCAACGAACUUCUCUACCUGGUCCUGGCCAUUGGAGGUGGCAUCGCCGCUGUGGUCUUUUGUCUCAUAGUCAUUGUGUCCUGCAGGAGAUGCAAGAGAAAACACAGACAGAGGCAGCUGGAGGGUGAUGAAGAGGUUCCCCGCAAAGAAAGGAAAGACCCCACUGUGUGCCACGAGUCAAAGGCCAUCCACCUCUACUGGCUUUAUUCCAGCCACCAAUCAGAGGCCACCCACCUCUACCUGUCAGACAGUUCAGAUGGCAUGAUCUCAGACCCCAGCACCAAAGACCCAAGCUCCUCAGAGGAUGAUGGCCCUAGCUUGGAUGAUGAUUUUGGUGGUGAUGACUCUGACUGAGAAGAACCAAAGACAGGAAUGCUGAUGAGAUCCCACCAGGAAACUUUUGCUGUAAUUCUGAGCCACACAAAUGUGUAAUAUUUUGGGAGUUGUCUGUUCUUAAAGACUGUUUUCAAAAUGGAAAUAUCUCCAGCUAUUUGUAGAGAUCCACAAAUAAAUCAUCUGAUUGAUUUCUAGCUUGAUGUGUGCUGACUGGUAACAAUACCCAAACACUAACAAGUCCAGGUUACAAGAACAAGUCGGUAAAGUAGACUUGGUUGGCUAUUUUUAGUAUGUGAGGUGUUUAAAAAUUAAGUCAGAACAUGGAGCCGUAAGAACCUACCUAAAAGGAAACCUGUCAACACUUGUGUGCAGUUCAUUAAGUCUGCAACAGAAUCAGAUGGACCAAUACUUUCAGAAGAUAACAGGAAGGCUGAAUGUGAAAGACCAACGUUGCACUGUAUAAUCCUUUGGAACGCCUUUCUACCUGUCUGUCAUGAGAAAUGGUGGAUUAAGAAAUCUUGGCAGCCUUUUGGAAAUCUUAAAGCUAAGGUAUAAAUCUGCUUUCUCCAGUGAGUACAUGUGGAGGCUGCUGGUUUAGUAUUGCUAGCCAUGCUAACUGUGUUCAUCUCUAAUAAAAGAUCAGAAAGUCGGUUUAAAAUGUGAUUAUGAAUCAUUUGUGCUUGUAUUUGUUUAAAAUUUUGUCUUAAUUGGACUACAUGAGUUUUUAACAUUACAAGAAACACUUGUGAAACAAUCCAUGCAGUUUUUGUUUUUUCCAAAUAUGCUUUUUCCCUGGUUGCUUUUGUUUUUAUUGUAAAAUAUUUCACAGAAAAUGUAUUUGAACCAAAAAGAAAAAACAAACUGAACUUCCACAUAUUCAACUGGAUUAACUAGUCCAGCUUAGAAAUCAGUUGACCCUACACCCGUUGUACCUGCUGUAUUUUGGAUGGAGGAUGGUGACUGUUCCAUUUGUGGAAAAAUACUCAGUGUUAAGGCUGCUGUCGUUCUUUCGCCACACCUGUCCUGUUUGCUAUCGGAAUUAAUUGGUGUCCAAUUCCUUUAAUAGACAUCUUCAGUCAUGUCAUAAAAAGCUUAACUUUAGUGUUUUCCCCUAAAUUCUCCAUUGUCUUAUGUCCUCGUUACAUAUUGUUUUGCUAAAAAUCGACAAGUUUUUGAGAAGUUUGCUUUGUUAGUAAAUUUAAAGUCCUAAAGCUUUAAGUCACUAGAAAUAACUUGAGAAUUUCACCCAAGCAAGUUGAAUGAGAAGCAGAGUACUUUACAUUAAGGCUUAAGUAACACUAUUUGUCGCAUCAAAUUUCUCAUAUUAAACGGUAAGAAUGUGAUUUUUUUUUUUUCUUCUGUCUAAAAGUUAAAGAUUUGAUCAGUGGGAACCAACCACAUGUACACACCUGCCCUGACACUCAAGUGGGAGUGCACAGUAAGAUCUGAAAACCCUUUUUGAUUGCAAAAUGUCCUUGAAAGCCUGUGCUCUCUUCUUUCAUUUGUGAAUGCAUUCCAACUAACAAGUGUGUUAAAAUGCCCAUAUUUCAGAUUUGUGGCAGAUUUUAUAUUCGUGUUCAAAGUGUUCUAGAUUUAUAAGAAAAUGUUACAUUUGUAUUUGUAAUAGAUAAAAACUCUAUUUGUAAUUAAGCUUUUAUAAAGAAAAAGUUUUCUAAUAAAAAGGCUUUAAAUCUU